AUGCGAGGACAUUUUGCUGGUGAUCGACCAUUACCUCCUGAUGAAGUCAUAUUUAAUCAAUCAUUAUGUAUCACUUGUUCAGGUAAAUUCUUCUAUGCAAACUUUUCACAUCAUCAUUCAAGUAUCACUUAUCUCUAGCAUCCCAGAUACCUUCGACAAGUACGCCUAUAAAUAAUAUCAAUUCCACUACCGUUGUUGAGGGAACAACUACAUUGACCAUAUCGAAUUCGUCACUUAGUAUUUCAACAAGCACUACCAAUGGGUCUUCAUCAAAUGUUUCAACAAGCACAAUCAGCUCUUCAUCAGGUAUUUCAACUACUAUCAAUACUGCUUCAUCAAAUGUUUCAACAAGCACUACCAAUGGGUUUUCAUCAAAUG